GACAGUCACUUGUCCUGCGCCCGGGCCCGGCCCCGGCCCCCGACGGCCGCGCGUUGAGAUGACUUUCCGCGAUCUGCUGAGCGUCAGUUUCGAGGGACCCCGCCCGGACAGCAGCGCCGCAGGCUCCAGCGCGGGCGGCGGAGGGGGCGGUGCGGGUGGCGCAGCCGCCUCGGAGGGCCCGGCGGUGGGCGGCGUGCCGGGGGCCGCGGGCGGCGGCGGCGGCGGCGGCGGCGUGGUGGGUGCGGGCAGUGGCGAGGACAACCGGAGCUCCGCGGGGGAGCCGGGGGCCGCGGGGGCCGGCGGCGAGGUGAACGGCACGGCGGCCGUCGGGGGUCUGGUGGUGAGCGCGCAGGGUGUGGGCGUGGGCGUCUUCCUGGCCGCCUUCAUCCUCCUGGCCGUGGCGGGCAACCUGCUUGUCAUCCUCUCGGUGGCCUGCAACCGCCACCUUCAGACGGUCACCAACUAUUUCAUUGUGAACCUGGCCGUGGCCGACCUGCUGCUGAGUACCACGGUGCUGCCUUUCUCGGCCACCAUGGAGGUUCUGGGCUUCUGGGCCUUCGGCCGGGUAUUCUGCGACGUGUGGGCCGCGGUGGACGUGCUGUGCUGCACGGCCUCCAUUCUCAGCCUCUGCACCAUCUCGGUGGACCGGUACGUGGGCGUGCGCCACUCACUCAAGUACCCCACCAUCAUGACCGAGCGCAAGGCGGCCGCCAUCCUGGCGAUGCUCUGGGCGGUAGCCCUUGUGGUGUCCGUGGGGCCUCUGCUGGGCUGGAAGGAGCCGGUGCCCCCUGAUGAGCGCUUUUGCAGCAUCACUGAGGAGGUGGGCUACGCCAUCUUUUCCUCCGUGUGCUCCUUCUACCUGCCCAUGGCCGUCAUCAUAAUCAUGUACUGCCGCGUGUACGUUGUAGCGCGCAGCACCACGCGCAGCCUCGAGGCAGGCGUCAAGCGGGAGCGGGGCAAGGCCUCCGAGGUGGUGCUGCGCAUCCACUGUCGCGGCAACGCCUCGGGUACAGACGGAGCGCACCGAGGGAUGCGCAGCGCCAAGGGCCACACCUUCCGCAGCUCGCUUUCGGUGCGCCUGCUCAAGUUCUCCCGCGAGAAGAAGGCGGCCAAGACGCUGGCCAUCGUCGUGGGGGUCUUCGUGCUCUGCUGGUUCCCCUUCUUCUUCGUCCUGCCACUUGGUUCCCUGUUCCCGCAGCUGAAGCCCUCGGAGGGCGUCUUCAAGGUAAUCUUCUGGCUCGGCUACUUCAACAGCUGCGUAAACCCGCUCAUCUACCCCUGCUCCAGCCGCGAGUUCAAGCGCGCCUUCCUCCGCCUGCUGCGCUGCCAGUGCCGGCGGCGCCGGCGCCGGCGCCCCCUCUGGCGUGUCUACGGCCACCACUGGCGGGCGUCGACCGGCGGGCCGCGCCCCGACUGCGCCCCCGGCCCGGGGGCCGCGCUCCCCGGGGUCCCUCUGGCCCUCACCGAGCUCCCGGCCCCAGGCUCCCCGGGCACGCCCGAGGUGCAGGCAACCGUCGCCGGCCGCGGAAAGUCGCCCUGCGCUUUCCGCGAGUGGAGGCUGCCCGGGCCGUUCCGGAGACCCACCACCCAGCUGCGCGCCAAGGUCUCCAGCCUGUCGCACAAGAUCCGCGCUGGGAGCGCACAUCGCACAGAGGCCGCGUGCGCCCUGCGCUCGGAGGUGGAGGCUGUGUCCCUGGGUGUCCCCCACGAUGUUGUGGAGGGCGCCACCUGUCAGGCCGACGACCUCGCGGACUGCAGCAACCUCCGGGAGACUGAUAUUUAA